CAAGCACUUUGCAGUGUGGGCGUACGAAAGUAUCAGAAAAUAAUCAAUCAAUUUACAAAAGAAAAACUACGAAAAAAUCGUCAUUUACAUAAUAUUUUUAGUUUUCCCUUUAUAAGUUAUGUAUUUAAUUUACGAUACAUUUGCCAAAUAACAGUGCGCAAUGGUGAUACCGCUGUGUAAAAUAUAAAUGAAAAUCAAUGUUUAUUAUUAUUUAAUUAAAAUGUUUAAUUUCAACAUAAAUCCAAAAAUUUAAAGAUGUGUUUGAAAGUGUAAAAGUAUUGAUUAAGUUUUCUAAAAUGAAUCUAAUGCGCAAAUUGCGUGGGGCGACGUCUUCGGCGUCUUCUGAGACUGCCGAAGCCUCUAGCUCGUCGUCUCACGUCCAACUUGGUCUCAUGCACCUCAAAAAGCUCUUUGCGGAGUACACACAUCCGCCGCAACCCCUUACAGACGCCGAGAAAGAUGAUAAACUAUACAAUAUGCUACCUCUUUUUUGCAAGGUAUUUGGCACUAGUCCAUCAAGUGAGAUGAAUGAAAAGUUCUGGGAUAUUUUAUCAUUCUGUCAGCAAGUUUCAAAGCUCAUGGUGUCAGAGAUCAGGAAGAGAGCCAGUAACCAAAGCACAGAGGCUGCUAGUUGUGCUAUUGCUAAAUUCUUAGAAAUUGAAAAUUCUGAGGAGUCUAGCAAUGGCUGGAUGUUACUCUCAACACUAAAUCUUUUAGCGGCUGGUGAUCAGUCACUAAUACAGGUCAUGACCACUGCAUCAAUACCUUCAACAUUAGUGAAAUGUUUAUACUUAUUCUUUGAUCUGCCUGAAAUACCUGAAUCCGAAGCUGAUGUUCAGGAUGGUAACAGUGACUUUACUCCUAGGGAAAGACGAAUCUUGUUACAGAAAAUAUUUGUACAGGUCCUUGUAAGACUAUGCAGUCAUCCAUUUCCAUGUGAAGAAUUAGCAAGAAAAGAUGAUCUCAGUCUAUUAUUUUCUGCCAUAACAUCAUGGUGUGCACCUCAUAACAUUAUGUGGAGGAAGUCAGCUGCAGAAGUGCUAAUGACUUUAUCUCGACAUGGAUUAACACAAUCUGUGGUUCAGUACAUACAUAAUAAGGGAUGUGUUGCACUUUGCAUAGAAAAUAUGCAAAGGAUACCAGAGUUAACACCUUUAGAGGUAGUUGAAAUGUUUGUAGCUGUAUUCUGUUUCCUAAAGGAUUCAAGUGAAGUUAGUCAAUUAUUACUGGAUGAUUUCCGCUCUUGUCAAGGCUAUUUAUUUCUAUCUGAAUUCCUUCUAAAACAUGAGAGACAAGGUGUACCCGAUUAUUUGACAUCAGGGUUGGAAGAAGAGAGAGUAAGUGGUACGGAAGCGCGAGCAGCUUUACGUAACUUAGUGUUAAUGAUAUCGUCGCUGUGUGCUUGUGGUUUCUCGGAGCUGCGACCGACGCGCGCCAAUACCGAACUAUUUCAACUUCAGGGCUUCGUAUUACCACAGCCUUCCACGCCGGGACAGGCUGUCAGGAAUGUGCAAGCCUUUCAGGUCUUACAAUCAGUAUUUAUGAAGUCCAACUCUCCAGCGCUGUGCUGCACGAUUUUAGAUGCAAUAUCGAGCGUAUAUCACGCAGAUAACGCGAAUUAUUUCAUACUUGAAAAUCAAAACACACUAAGUCAAUUCUCAGAAAGGAUAUACACAAAAAAUUCUGAAAUUCAAGAGAAAUUCUUUGAAUUGUUAGAGUUUAUUGUGUUUCAAUUAAAUUUUGUGCCCUGCAAAGAGUUGAUAUCUCUGUCUUUACUAUUAAAAGCGAAUAGAUCAAGGACAUGUAGCAUAUUGUGUAUGAAAACACUAUUGAAUAUUUUAAAACACAAUGCGAUUUUUAAAGACGUUUACCGGGAAGUGGGUAUGUUAGAAGUGUUUGUGACUUGUCUGUCUCGGUACGCUGUGUAUUUGAAAGACAAACAGAUUCUCGAUGAAGAGAAGACCAAAAGAGAAUCAGAGUCGCCUCCAGUGGAACCUAAUGAUUCGCCAGUGGCUCCGGAGAGAAAGAAAAGACAGUCGACUCGUCAUGAUUCUCUUAUCAGAGACCCUAAUUUAGAUGAUGAGGAAGAAGAGCUUGGGGCGCUAGUAAUGGAAGGGUUAACAGCUUUAUUGAAUGCUAACUCUAAUAACUGCAACGUGUUUAGAGAUUGUGGUGGCGCGAAAUGUGUACAUGGAAUGGUUGUGUAUGAAUCCUGUAGAAGUAAAGCUUUGGGUGUCGUGAGAGAAUUAAUAGUGAGUGGUUCAGGUGAGGAAGACAUGUCUGCGCUACUGUGUGGUAUGCACGCCGCACCAAACGACGCCUUGCUUCUGAAGCUACAUAUACUCAAGGCACUGUUAGCCUGCUUGCGAGACUCGCAUCGCACUAGAACUAUAUUUAGAAAGGUCAGCGGUUUUGUAUACGUUACAAGCGUUCUAGUUUCUCUAGAAGGUAAAUUAAAAGGUGAUGAACCGAUGGACAAAGACAUGCUGCAGCUAAUACAUAUUGUGUUCUACACCAUCAGUACGGCUAUGAGGUUCGAACCAGCCAACGCGAAGUUUUUUCACCACGAAAUAUGUAUGACAACUCUAUGCGAGACAAUACGACUUCUAGGAUGUUUUAUCAACGAGACGGAAUUACAAAACGAUACGGAACCCGGCGACGCGGAGUUAUACGAAGUGUUUCACGAAAUAUUUACGAGCAAUAUUCUAGAAAUGACUUUUCCUGAGAAAGUGCCAGUAGUGUUUGUGCAUGCGUGCAUCAUUCUGCGACUUUUAUACGAUGUCGCAUUGGAUUCUUUCGAUAAGCCAACAUUCUGCGGCUCGCUCAAUGUAAAGUCUCCGAGUUUGACCCGACAGAGCUCAGCCAUUAACGAGUCUAAGCCGGCGGGUCGUACGGCGCCGCUGAAUUUAUCGACCGGUAGCAACAACGGCGAAGCUUGGGUGAUACACUCGGGUGUGGUCAUUGUACUGGCCAAGUUGCUCCCAGCCCUGCCCCGACCGCCUGAACAUGAAGCUCAUGCCAGAGCCAUACGAGACUAUUUAGCGCAUGUGUUAAAGAGUCUUGUGAGAAGCGAGCGCAACCAGCAAGUGAUGUGUGGCGCGGGGCUGGCGGGCGUGGUGCUGCGCGUGUGCGGGGGCGCGCUGCGCGCCGAGCGCCACCCGCUGCACGCGCCCGCCAUGUACAUGCUCGAGCGACUCGCCGCGCACGCGCUGCGACCCUCCGAACUCAGAGAAUUCUUACGAAUGGGGAAUCCUUUGAACUGCGUUGAUCCUGAACCAGGUCAGGUUUGUAAACCCGGCGGGCCGGUACCACUGACUAGGAUAAAGACACUCGUUUCCAUGACGACGCCGAGGGAUUACCGAUCUCAAAAUUCCUGCACAUUACCACCUUUUGUCGAAUUCGACAUGUCGGCUGAAGGUUUCGGAUGCUUAUACCUACCUAGCAUAGCACCUCAAUCGGCCAAUCUAAACGCCUUAGGAACGCAAGACACUGCCACUUUAGGUGGAAUUGGUUCAGGUGAUCGUGUGUUUCCGCCGCAAACUGGUCUGACGUACUCGACGUGGAUAUGCGUGGAAAAGUAUUCUGACUCGCGCUCAGACCCGCACUGCGUCAGGUUGUUGACCCUUGUACGGAACAUUAACAACAGUAGGGAUGAGCACCUCGUUUGCCUCACUAUGGUGCUGUCAGCGAGGGAUAAAGCUAUCAUUAUAUCCACGCAGGAGACUUUAGUUCCUCAUAAUGUAGGUGAGUGGGAGCCUGAAGGUUCAGGAGAGUGCGGGGCACGUGUGUGGUGCCCCGACUUGCAACAUGAAGGACAGUGGCACCAUCUAGUGCUGGUACUCAAUCGCGCUGUACUCAAGAAUUCUUCCUUCUCACUAUAUUUGGAUGGCCAGCACAUGCACUCGGGCAAACUGCACUACGUGAGCGCCAACCCGGGCGGGGGCGCCGCCACCCUGUCCGGCGCCUCCAGCGUCUACUGCGUGCUUGGGACUCCGCCCCACUGGCGCCGGUACUCCCGCCUCGUUUGGAGACAAGGACCCGCGCUACUGCUCGAGGAUGUAUUACCAGCACAAACAGUGUCAGUAAUCUACCAGUUGGGCCCGCACUACGUGGGUACGUUGCAAGCCCCCUUACCGCCGGGACAGUACCUGGACCCACUCGCUCCAUUGGUAGCUGAGGAGAAGGUGGUAUUUGGCAUAAACGCUCGCGCCAUGUCACAGCUCACUCUCGCCAAGAUACGGAAAGUUUACAGCAAAAAUGACAACAAGGCUAUUGCCAAGAUGCUCGGCAUGUCUUCACACGAAAAUGCGACUCCCAUAAGGAUAUUACACAACUCUGCUGGCCACCUUAUGGGCCCAGCGAGAUGUUUAGGCGGCACCGUCGUCGGUUAUUUAGGUGUCCGUGUAUUUUGCCCUAAACCUGCUGCCAUCAUGAUCGAUACAGUAGGCGGCUGCUCAGUAUUAUUAGGUUUAAUAGCAAUGGCUCAAGAUGUGGAAUGUUUGUACGCAAGUGUUAAAGCUCUGGUUUGUGUCGUGCGCUCCAAUAAGGCUGCGCAAGCCGAAAUGGACAGGCGGAAAGGAUACCAGACUUUAGCAAUGUUACUGAAGAGGAAGAAACAAUUGCUCAACUCACACAUACUGCAUCUCAUUUUUGGUCUAGUCGGAACUGUUGAUAGUCAAAAGGAAACUUCUUCCAUUCCUAACUUAACUGCUUUCCAGGAUUUAAUAUGCGAACUAGAAGUUUGGCUCGGUGCCCCUGGUGGACUGAUAAAAUCCCUUUUAGAACAUUUACUUGAACUGGCCACGGAAACAGCGCACAGAACGCACAACCUACGCACAAUGAGGGAGCUGCAACUAGUCUCCAAACUUCUUUAUAUAAUCAAUGACGUGAAAGUCGUUAGCACAAGGAAUGUCCUCAUACAGUUACUGGCAGCUCUGCUGGGCGGACAGCCGCGACCGAGCGACCUUCUCUGCUUAGGACAAUUCAUGGCAUACACAUUGCCACUCCCGACGCAAACAGAGAAGGGAGUGAACCUCAAGGAGAGUGACACUGAGAGCGAAGGAGAACAAAUAAUUCUAAGGAACAAAUGCUUCAACGUUAUACACGGACUCCUCUUCACACAAAGGAAUCUUGUAAAUACUAUUGUAUGUGAGGAGAUAUCUCGGGUGUUGGGCGUGGAUUGGCUGCUGAGUUUUAUGUUGGAAAAUGUUCAUCCGACCACUGUUUUAUGGGCGUUGAGGAUUAUGGUCGUUUUGUGUUCUGGGCAAGGACAACAAUCGGCUAUAUUGCAGAGGUUUAGGGAAGGUGUCGGCAACGGAGGUUGGUUGCGUCAUACAGAGAUAAUCGCGCAGCCCCAACAGGCUGGAGUGGUGAUGACUACCACAGUACAUUCCAACUCACAUUUACACACGUCACUACUGCAUACUCCUGGAUUCACGUUACUGGCGUGGCUAGUACCAGCCCACCUACAGAUCCCAGAGCUGUACUACUUACUAUUCGGACUGGCCCUGGGGCAGCCAGUGCGGGCGGCGUGCUCAGACCGCGCGGUAUCCGUGGAGCGCGUGUGGGCGGCGGCCUGGGGGGCGGCGGCGCCCCCGCGGCAGUCCCCCGCAGCCCUCGCCGCACGAAUCUCUCUAUGUCCGGACGCUGUCGUGGUACUCCUAGCUGCCUGUCGCGCCCUAGUACAUGCCGACAAGAACUCAUCGCCCGACUGGCUCUCUGAUCACCCCGUCGCUAUAGUACAGGUCCUGUUCUCGCUGUACAACACUCUGCCGGACUUUGUCCCCAUAAUGAUGAUGGCGGAGGUUUUAACAGCACUGGCUGCAAUUCUCUUCCCGCCUAACUGCACAGAUGAUAUUCAUAUGCCGAUUGGCGAGAGUGAAGAAAGCUCAGGUGCUUCUACCCCGGGGUCUGAGAAGGAGGUGGUAUUGGGGGGUACAGUUGCCACAGCGGGGUCAUUGACGCAACACCCCGUACGACAGGGGGUCAUGGACUUCUUGCGUCUCAUUGUACUCGACUCACUACCUCUCAACGUUACCGGCAAGACUGCACCGGUAAUAGAUCUAGUACUAGAUGCGUCACCCCCAAAUUCAACCAGCCAGCAACAGAUUGAGUAUCAAACAGAAGUCCUCACUACACUGAUGGAGAAUUUACUGAAUACAGAGUUGUUCGGAUCCGAGUCCAAUAUAUCGAAUGUUUGUUACUUAGCUGCUCGGCUGGUCGAUAAGCUAUGGCAAGGACAACUGUCACGGGAUCCUCACGAGGUAUUCGAUUUUAUAGUAAAAUUGAUAACACAAGCGAAGAAGAAAUCGUCUGUGAUUUCUCUGGAGGGACUACAUCACUGUCUGAACCGGACUAUACUGUUCUUGCUGUCUCGUUCUACGGAGUCGAUAGCUGACCAAAUGUCAGUGCUGGAGGCUUUACACAAACUUACCACUAAUAGGUUACUGAUAUUCGGCGCGGGCAACCAUGAACUAGAAUUUAUCGGAUGUCUCACCUACUGUUUGCUGCAACUCAGUUCCAACAUGAAGAUCGCUCUCGACUCACACAUGCGGACCACAUGGCACGUCAAUCCCAGUGGAGAUCUAGAGUCUAGGGACGAUAAGCUUACUACUCAUCAAGGACGAAACUUAAUGGCUGGGGCCGCUCGCCGUGUGUGGGAAGAACUGUAUGUUUGUAAAAAACCUGCUAUAGAGGAAGUGUUUAAGAUAACACUAGUGCCGCCCGUCGGAAAUGCGCGCGCGCCUGAUCUAACAACAGUGAGGGAACAACUCAAUGAAGCCGCACACAAACUGUGGAUCAAUUACAUUGACAUCGAAAGAAAGGCCACAUACCGUGUACCAUGGGAGCUUCACAAUCAAAUUCAGUCUAAGAUACAGAAAGUCACCGGGGGACUUACUCGACUCGCAUCUAGAACGAAAGUGAAGAAAGAAGACUCUGCUAAGCAACGAGCUAAUCCACCACGAGACCAUGCGCUGGCUUAUAUGCAGGACCAUGUGCAACUUGUUAGACAAGCGUGGUGUGGUGUGGUGGGCGGGGCUGCGCUAACCCGCCUCCACACGCAGCGCUACGUGCAGGCCGAGUGGGCGGGGGCCUGGAGGGAACUCACGAGGGAGCGAGCCCUCUGGGGGCCGCGCCGCGCACCCGCACUCGCCAAGUGGGCGCUCGACUCCACGGAGGGACCUUCCCGAAUGCGGAAAAUGCUACGUCGUAACCAUUCCUUCUACCAACAUUACCCAUACCGACCUGACCUCGAUGACCCGGACAAUAAACAACUGAAAUACAAAGUGGCUCAAAGUUUGGACAGCAAAGAGUACUACAGGGUGUACCAACAAUGGCGGACGGCAGGAAACAUCUGUGAGGUAGAGGGCGCUGAACCAACCGACAUCCCUGAAACUACCAAUGAACCAGCCACAAGUGGAGACACGUCCCUUGAUGUUGCAAACAGUGAUGGGUCUCCUUCGGAUCUCGUGAGCAGUGGCGUCGUAAGUCGCGGUACCAACCAAUCUUCGGGCGAAGCUAAUGAAGAUGGUCCAGACAAUGAGGAUGAAGAUGAACAACCAACGCCUCCACCAGAUAACCAAACUCUUUUACGGCUUCUAGAACAUCACGAAAAGAUCUCUCACAUGUUCCGCUGUGCGCGGAUACAAGGUCUAGACACAACGGAAGGUCUAUUGCUAUUCGGUCGAGAGCACUGCUACGUCAUAGACGGAUUUACGUUACUGAAAAACAGGGAAAUACGUGACUUAGACAGUUGCCCAGACGACUAUGAACCUAUACUCCCAGCUCAAGGCAUUCAGAGGAGCAAUCAAAGACAAUGUUCUAAGUUCUUGUAUGAAGAUAUUCGGGAGGUUCACAAAAGGCGAUAUUUACUACAACCGAUUGCUUUAGAAGUAUUCUCGAGUGACGGCAGAAAUUACUUGCUAGCUUUUCCAAGAAAAGUUCGAAACAAGGUAUACAGCCGAUUCACAGCGCUGGCGACGGGUAUGGCAGACAGUGCCGCGGGCUCCGUGGCGGGACAGAAGCGGGGCGUCGCCGUAGAACAACCAGGCGGACUGUUGGCCACCCUCAUUGGUGACACUUCCGUCACACAACGGUGGCUGAGAGGCGAAAUAUCAAACUUCCAGUACUUGAUGCACUUAAACACUUUGGCGGGUCGGUCGUACAAUGAUCUCAUGCAGUACCCAGUGUUCCCCUGGAUCCUGGCGGAUUACGACUCACUAGAACUGGACCUUAAUGACCCAGCUACCUUCCGCGAUCUCACCAAACCUAUGGGAGCUCAAAGCCCAGACAGGUUGGAACAAUUUAGGAAGCGAUAUAAGGAAUGGGACGACCCUCACGGCGAAACUCCUCCGUACCACUACGGCACGCACUACUCGUCGGCAAUGAUCGUAUGUUCCUAUCUAGUCAGAAUGGAGCCCUUCACGCAACAUUUCCUUAAACUUCAGGGCGGACACUUCGACUUGGCUGAUAGAAUGUUCCAUUCAAUAAAGGAAGCUUGGAACUCAGCGUCGCGACAUAACAUGGCUGAUGUCAAGGAAUUAAUACCGGAGUUUUUCUAUUUGCCUGAAUUUCUGGUCAAUUCUAACAAUUUCGACUUAGGUUGCAAGCAAUCGGGUGUAUCGUUGGGCGACGUAGUGUUGCCGCCAUGGGCGCGGGGCGACGCGCGCGAGUUCAUCCGUGCGCACCGCGCGGCGCUGGAGUGCGACUACGUGUCGCACCGCCUGCACCACUGGAUCGACCUCGUCUUCGGGUACAAGCAGACCGGACAGCCCGCGCACGACGCAUGCAACGUCUUCCAUCAUCUCUUCUACGAGGGCAACGUUGAUAUCUACAAUAUUGACGACCCUCUAAAGAAGAACGCUACAAUCGGAUUCAUAAACAAUUUUGGUCAAAUUCCAAAGCAACUGUUCAAGAAAGCUCAUCCAAGCAAGAAGAUGUCUCAACGCAGCUCUACCAUACUGGACCCGAACAAUAUAAUACCUUCACAAGGCAUCACACCGCCUGAGAAGUUAUUCUUCCACAAUUUAGAAAACUUGAGACCUUCUUUACAACCUGUAAAAGAGGUAAAAGGCCCAGUUGGUCAGAUCCUGUACACAGAGAAGGCAAUACUAGCAGUAGAACAGAACAAAGUAUUGAUGCCGCCGACUUACAACAAGUACGUGGCGUGGGGCUUCGCUGACCACUCGUUGAGGAUCGGCAACUAUGACAAUGAUAAAGCUAUCUUUGUUUGUGAAACCGUGGCGCAGGCCUGUGGAGAGAUUGUCACUUGCGUCUGUCCCUCUGAUAAAACUAUUGUCACUGCUGGUACUAGUACGGUGGUAACAGUAUGGCAAUACUGGGCCCGCCGUCGUAGAUUAGCAGUGAAAGUAUGUCUGUAUGGGCACGAAGAAGCGGUGACAUGCCUGGCGGCGAGCCCCGCGUACAACCUGGUGGUGAGUGGCAGUCGCGACGGACAGGCCAUCGUGUGGGACGUGGAGCGAGGGUCCUUCAUCCGCCAGCUACUGCCGCCCCACUGCUACGGCCCGCCGCCGCCCGUGUCCGCCCUAGCUAUUGAUGAUCUUACCGGCGACAUAGCGACGUGUAGCGGUAGCUGGCUAUACGCGUGGUCUAUCAACGGCGAGCUACUGGGCGCCGUGGACACCAUCGGUGGCCGCGAGCGGUCCCAGCAAGUACUGUGUGUCGCAUUCAGCCAGACGAGGGAGUGGGACCCGCUCAAUGUCAUCAUCACAGGGUCUACUGAUGGAGUGGUUCGGAUGUGGUCAAUAGAUUACAUAGCGGAAACAGCAGAAGAACAAACGGAGAGCAUAGAGGGCGGUAGUGUCGACCCAGUGUCCACUUCUACGGAGGUACACACAGAGAAGGACGAGCAGCAGAAACUAUCGGUACAGGACAGUGAAGAACUAAAGUCAGAGUCUGAAGUAAAAUCAGAGAGAUCGGAGAGCGAAACCAAGACUGAAGACUUACAGCCACAGGAUAGGGAGGCAGCCAUCAAACGGGUGGAGGAGUUGGUCAAACAAAUGAGCCUGUCUCAGGAGAAAGAAGGUACGCUAACCAAAUCAGGUUCAGAGAGUUCACUAUCGGACGCGUGCGAGACGACCAGCGCUAAGGAGUCCGCUCGAAGACACGAUGAGAAGGACACGUGCAGUGACAAUGAGGAACCACAACAAUACGUUGAACCUAAAGAAGAACCAGUCGACUCCUGUGAUGAAGCGAAACAGGAACAGGAGUAUGACAACGAAAAAGACUUAGACGCAGAAAAAGAUGUACAUCGGAAUAAGCUGCAGAAGCAAGGACAUGUCAUGCUAAGAAGGAAGUCUAAGGGAAAUCCGAUGUAUCGUAAAAGUGGUGGCAGUAUCGGUGAUUCAAGCGAGUCAUGCUCGAUAGAUGUCGGAGGUACUAGUGUGACCGCGGAAGUGUCGGAGGGAGGGCUUCGUGCGAGUAAAUCAGACACUAGCCUGACGGACUCCUUCGUUGUGGUCUCUGCACCGGCCUCGCCCGCGUCCCCGGCCCCUAUACAGAAACAGGCAGCUAAGAUACAGCCUGCGACUGUUGAUAUAGAAUCAGGCAUGAAGUGGAUCCGUCGGCUGGUCCUCCGCGGCAAGUUGACGAUGCACACGGCGUACGAGCGGCGCGACAACGCGUGCCCCGCCUCCGUCACCGCCGUCGCCGCCGCCCGCAGCGGCCGGGGGCUCGCUGUCGGGGACGCCAGGGGACGGAUCUUCCGUUGGUCUGCCCCUGACAUGUCGAGCGCGGCGGGAGCUAAGGGCGGCCCCGCCGACCACUGGAUUCGAGACGAUACGGCACCUUACUGUACACAAUGCCAGGUGCGGUUCACAGCGCUGGAGCGGCGCCACCACUGCCGCGAGUGCGGCGCCGUCUUCUGCGGGCGCUGCUCGCGGUACGAGGCGCCCGUACGCAGGCUGCGCGCGCUGAGGCCCGUCCGGGUCUGUCAGCGCUGCCACGACAACAUCACUGCGCGGUAGACCGCCCUACACCCAUACACUAUUAUAUCCUCUAAGGUGAUGCGAUUAACCCUAUUAACAUCUUCAUUGUUUACUACAUCUUACACCCGAAAUUAAAAGAUACAUCAAUAUUUUAAGCGAUGUAUUCUUUGAAAUGUAAAGUCAAUAAUGACAACGUUAGCUGACAAAAUCUUUUUUUUUUUAUGACGGAAAAAUUAAUGUUAUCUAUUUAAUUGUUCCAAGUCGAGGUGUAAGUAAUCUCAUGUCCACGCGUCCGUGGUAUAACCGUAUCGUGAAUGCAGUAGAUACAGUCAAUAACAACCAAAAUAAAUUGCGCUUAUAUUUUAAAACAACUAACUGCUUCAAUAACAAAUCUAAAAACAUGUUAUUGACUGUACUAUAAACAAUCUAAGUAUGUAUAUGAACUUAAAAAUAAUAUAUUCGACGUACUAGACGUUACGGUGUGCCUAUUCAUAUUAUGAGGAAUUAAAAUAUGUCUAUGUAGGGUAAUGUUGUCAAGAUUCCUCCCGAAUAAAGACAUAGCUGUUAUCAUAAAUAAUGAUAAUCGUGAGCUAGCGUGUUAUCAUACCACGAGGCAAUUAUAUUACUAAGCAAAUACAUAAAAAAAUGUAUAUCGUUUUACCAGCAUCGCCAUUUGCGUUCUUAAAUAUAUAAAUGUAUUUAUAUUAGACUAACUUUGUGUACCCACAUCCAACUAGUAUUUUCCUAAUAGUACUAAUUGUUGCAUCUUCGUUGUAUUUAUAGCCAAAGUUAUUUUCUAUAAAACUUUAUGAGCGCUGUUUUAUAUUUUAUUUUUAUUUCUAUUUUAUAACCAGCUUAUUUAUUAAAUAUAUUUUGUACGGUGCUGCUUAUUUUUUCAUAAAAACACAGUAUUAAUACGAUUAGGUAAUUGUACAACUAUUAUUUUUAAUUAUUUAUUUAUUUAAGAUAGAUCUCAGUAAUCUCGAAGUUUAUAAGUUUGUAUAUUUUAUAAAUUAUUGAAUUAUUUGUUUAAAAUCGAAUUAGAAGUUGAAAGUCAAAUUAGAAAGAUAUUACUUUUGAAAUUGUGAUAUGAUAUUUAGUUUGAUAAAUCAAUUAGCUGCAUCAUUAAAUGUAUAAAUUCAUUCCAUAUCCAGAGUUGCGAUGGAAUUUCAUGUGAAUAUAAAUUAGUGCUAGUCAUAUUUUUGUACCUAUAUUUUAUUUAUCUGUGAGUGUUAUAUGUAUCGCUCCUCGCAUAGAUUGUAGUGCAAGAUAUAUCCAUUUAUUAUUGAGUUUGUGUUAUGUUUGUGUCGCUUGAGCUCCUGUCUUACGCAUUUACAUGCAACAUUCCUAGUCGCAUACGUACAAGGCUGCGCAAUGCAGUCCUACAAUAGAAUGUAUUACAAACACGAUCAUAAUAAUUGUCUAUUAUGCUGGAGCUAUACAUAAGUGUAUUCUAACUAAUCAUAUAACAGUUAACCAAUAUCCCAAUGUAUGUAUGACCAACAGAAAUAGGUAGUGCUUUCAUACUUUCACUGUUUACAUAAAACAGGGUACUAUGGAACUGUCUUCACCUACUAAAUUUUUUAUCUAUGCAUAUGUGUUCUACUCGGGAUUAUAAUAAUAAAUUAACCUUGCUGACGGAAAUUGUACAAAUUCCUUCCACUGAUAACGGAUUUCGAUACCAAAAUUAUUUUCGCUAAUAAUGAUAAAUGAACGUAUGUUUAAAAUCUAAAUAGUACUCGUUAGUUCUAUCGUUUAUUUGAAGAUGUAAUCGGUAGCAUAUAUGCAUAGCUCACAGCCGGAACUUAAUACCUUUCCUGCUUGGCGACAAGAAUUAAUAUAAAUGUAUGUCCAUAGAAUAAAAUGUUUAAUAUUUAAAGAAUUGUAACUGUUCAAUAGAUUAUAAAAUUAUAAUAUUCUCCACAGAUCUUGCCGAAGUAAAUGUUGUAUAAAUAUGCAUUCGCAGUUUUCUAUAUUUUAUAAAGUCAAAAAAAUAAAAUGAAAUUAGUAAAGUUUAUCUUGAAUAAAUGAAAUGGUUAUUAUGAAGUUUGAAAUACUAUAAUCUUGCUUUGAACUAUGUAAGUUAGGUAACUUAUUGGGUCGUUUAGUGUCUGUAGCAAGGUUACUAUAACAAUUAGGUGUAAGUGAAUGUUCUUAGUCACCUGACCUGUCGUGUAUAGAGAAAUAAUUUACAGACAAUAUAAUACGUUGUUUAGGUAGUACGUAGGCACUGGAGUUUAUGCCGUUGACUAAUGUAUUCAUGUACCCGUAAAUGAAUAAAGUGGUGCAGCAAACCAACUUGCGUUUUUUUAUCAAUAC